GCGAACUCGGAGUUUCUGUUUCCUUCACGCGCCCGACCGCUUCUUCCUCUCCGCGUCCGCCUCAAACUCGGCUCCUCCUCCCCUCGAGCGGGAGCGGGAGACUGGGUUGGAGCCAUUUUCACCCGACCGAGCGACCGAGCGUCGGGCCGCAGAGGCGGGCGCCCGCUGAGGAGCGUGAGAAAGAUACUGAACUCUGUUGAAGGUUGUUUUCAGGUUUUCAAACGUUCUGUUGCUUAGUGGGAAGAGACUUACUACUUACCUGUGAAAUAUUGUAUAGCAUAUUAACUUGUUCUCAAGAUGGAAACGCCAUUGUUAGACAAAUCAACGUCACUGUGCAGUACUCCAAAGGACCGUGGGACACUAGCUCCUCAGAGCACCGGCUCAGGGAAGAAGCCAAUGAGCACAGCACUUAAGGAGCGAUUAAAGAAAGCGAGACGUUCAUUUAAUUCCAGUUUCACUGUGGCAAAACGCCUUAAAGUAGAUAUUGAAGAAAAAGAUUACAGAACUUCUGAGGAAGGGGCUCUGUUGGCAAAAGAAUCCUGUUCCAGAUUACAAAAUAGCUGUGAAAUUCUGGAGAAGAACUGUGCUGCAAAUACAAGUUUGAAUAGUCCUGUAGAGGAGAGACAUUGUUGCAGACUUGUUCAGAAUUCUCCACACUCUGUGGUGUUGGGGGCUGACCUUAGUCAACAAGAAUUACUGGCGGAAAAAUUAAGAUUGUUGAAGCAGGUCCAAGAGAAGGAAGAGCUGCUUCGAAGACUCAAACUGGUCAAGAUGUACAGAUCCAAGAAUAACCCAUCAGAAUUGCAAUCUUUGAUAACGAAAUGGAGAUGCAGCACUCAGUUGAUGCUUUAUGAACUCCAGUCAGCUUUGUCUACAGAUGGCAAUAAACUGAGCCUUACUCUGUUGAUAGACAAUUUUGGAUUAGAAGACAAGUUACUACACUACAGCAGAACAGAAGAAGACUUUACAGAUAUGUAAUUUACAAUUACAAAGGUUUCUGUUAUAAACUGAUAAACCAUCAUGAUAGUUUGUUUCAGUAGUGGAUUGUUGGAAUAGACUGUGCUUAUGUAUAUGCUGUAAGAAGCAGUUAUUUUCUGGAAAGGAUUAUCUGUUAGGCAGAAACUUACUUAUUGAGAAAAUUGCCAUUAGUGGAUGUGAAAAUGAAAUCUAGUAAUAUUGUACUUAAACAGCGGGCUGCAUCUUGUCUGAUCAGUUUUACACUGUACAUUCUCUUGUUGGAUAUAUUGGGAUCGAGUUAACUGCUUUUUCUAGUUAUACUAAGAUGUUGAGGAAUUCAACACAUACAUAUUGUGAAAGUUUCUUCAAUUUGCCAGUCAAUUGAUGCGAGCUUUCUAAGGAUUAAGUUCAGGUGUAAUCACAUUGCAUAUUCUCAGUUACUGAAGCAAUAUUGAGUUUUUGUACAUGGCUUUAUUUCUUGUGAUACUAGAAGCAAUACAUAUUCUAUGGUGCUUAACAAAAACAGAACUGUGUCUAAUGUAUUUAAAUGGCUGCAUUUAAUUUACCUUUCUGCAAUUAUUCUUCUUAAAUCCCAAAGCCAUUUCUCCCUUUA